AUGGUUGGAGCAUGUGGAAUAAAGAAGGCAUGGGCACAUAUCCAUGGUGAAGCCUCAUACGGAAUGGUUACAGAUUUCUCCUACUUACUUGGGUACUGUGAUGGCUCAUUUUCAGUGGCUGUGUGGCGUCCAGCAAAGUUAGGUUCCGAUGAUCUGAGCUGUGCAUUCCGAUUAGACGUUAUGAGUGCCGGUUCAGAAGACAUUGUUAAAGCGCUGUCUGGGUGA